UCUGUCUGAAGUCAAUACUACAAAAGUCUGCGUUCUCUGCCGUUUCUUCUCAUGAUUACGGCGCAGGAAUUCAUCAUUUGCUAAUCGGUCUAUGAGUUGAGCUUUGAGAUUCAAAUCUGAAACAUCCUCGCGCUGUAUCGGACUCUUUAAACUGGGAGAAAUACAAUCCUGGCAUGACUGUAAAAGCAGCUCUCCGAUUCCACCGCAGAACCUUAUUCCUCUGCACGCAACUGGUUCUACUGCAGUCCGAGGCAUUCAAGCUCCAUGCAGUAAUCCUCUAAAGCGGAAGAAACGACGGAGAAAAUCUCCACAAUGUUACGGAGUGACAUGAGCUUGUCUGACGGUAGAGUACGUGAUGGAGCAUUCGUAAUGGAGUAGUCGGUGAUUCGGACCUCAUCGCUCUCAGCUGCUGUCCGGUGCCGCAGCCCGUCUCAUGAGUCUCGGUUCCAAGUUGAAGACGCACUGCUCUGUCCACAACAGCUCGAAAUUUCCAUAUCGCAGUGGGUUGCGGCGGAAACAUGGCAACCCAGACAGCAGUGACGAAAGGUGGCGGCGGGGACGCGAUGAAUAAGAAGCGCUAUGAAGGGCGACUUACGCCUUACGUCUUAUGCACAGUCGCCGUCGCAACAUGUCUCUCGUUGGCAGGCGGUUAUCAGAUCAAUAUUGCAGGAGGAGUGUCAGCCAUGGACUCGUUUCUUAAAGAGUUCUUCCCGGAUGUGUAUCGAGGGAGGAGAAGCAAGAACAACUACUGCCGCUACGAGGACCAGUUUCUGCAGUUUUACACCUCGUCGCUGUACCUGGCAGCGCUGCUGAGUUGCAUUACGACUCCCUACCCAUCUCGCGUCUGGGGAAGGCGCAAAACGAUUCUGCUGAGUGGCAUCAUCUUCAUGGUGGGUACUUGUAUCGGCGCAGGUGCACUCAAUAUCGGCAUGCUCCUCUCCGGUCGAAUUCUCCAAGGUCUUGCCAUCGGAAUGAGUGUCCAGAUAGCACCCGUGUACAUAGCAGAAAUGGCACCCGCGCACGCGAGGGGAGCUUUGAUGGGAACCAUCGAGGUGUCAUUCUCGUUCGGGAUCUUUGCAGCUGGAAUUACGAGCUACAAGGCGGAGACAAUCGACCCUUGGGGAUGGCGGCUGGCGUUGGGGAUGGCAGGAGUGCCGGGCAUGGUGUGGUUGUUGGGCGGGAUCUUCCUGCCCGACACACCGGCCAGCACUCUGCAGCGCGGAUACCCGGAGAAAGCUCGAGAGAUUCUGGAGAGAAUUCGGGGAACUCCGGACGUGGACUUGGAGUUCCAACACAUCACCGAGGCCGUGCACAAAGCGCACUCGGUCACUUUCGAUUUCAGAGCUCUGACGCAACGCCGCUACAGGCCGCAGAUGAUCGUCGGGGUGUGCAUUCCCUUCUUCUUCCAGAUGACUGGCGCCAACGCCGUCAGCUUCUACGCCCCGGUCUUCUUCCGAUCCAUGGGCCUCGGAGCCAAGUCCUCUCUGUACUCGAAUGCCAUCAUCGGCGGCGUGAAGGUCAUGUCCGCAGCAUUAGCAGUUCGCUUCGUCGACAGAUGGGGACGCAAAAACUUGCUCUAUGAAGGCGGCAUCCAGAUGUUCGUCUCCUUGAUUACCAUCGGUGCGCUUCUGCAGUACCAACUGGACCUCCACGACCCGCCCUCGAGAGUGGUGGCCAUCUGCGUGGUGGUAGUGUUUUGCGUCUACGUGAGCGGCUUCACGUGGUCCUGGUCAUCGCUGGCGAUGGUGAUCCCCGGUGAGAUAUUUCCCCUGGAGAUUCGUUCAGCUGCCAUGAGCUUGAACGGGUUCUGCCUCUACAUCGUCGGCUUCAACAUCGCUCAGUGGUUCUACGUCAUCCUCUGCGGCAUGCGAUUCGGCAUCUUCUACUUCUUCGCGUUCUGGAUCGCAGUCAUGACCAUUUUCGUGUUUGCCCUGGUCCCCGAAACCAAGGGUGUCGGUCUCGAGAGAACGCCAGUUCUGUUUGAACAGCAUUGGUUCUGGAGGAGGUUUGUUCCCUCGAGCUUAGAAGCACAGCAGACCAAGGUUCAAGACAACUUGUGACUCGCUCGUAUUUCAAGGUGUAAUAGUCUCGGCCUGUACGAGUCACCUUCAGGUCCGAGGUCAUUUGUUCCAUCGAUACCUUCUCAAUUCAACGAAAGGGAUUUUCAUCAGAUGUUUAUUCGUUGAUCUCCAUGCUUUAGCUGCUAAGAAUUGUGUCUAGAAUAAAAUCCUCACGAAUCUGACUUGCAGAGGCAUCACAGAAGCGAGAGCCCAAGUUUAGGACGAACUUCGGGUGAGAGGAGAGAAGAGACUCGAUGGUCGAUGUUUGUGUCAUGUCACUCGUCAGCUCUAUCUCUUCUUCACGAGGCUCUUUAUAGAAAGUUGUAAUAAAAAUGCUUCUGGAGUCUUGGAGAUUAGAUCUUCUCACGCACUUAUUACACGCCACAAGAUUAUCCAUUCAUUCAAUGGGUCGGCAAUUAAUGAGACGGUGAAGAUUGUGUGGUCGAUUACAAGGCAAGAAGGAGAAGGAGACGAAUGGAAUGUAAAAUAUGAUGGAACAUCUUGGAGAGGAGUACAAAGCCCAUGACAAAAAACUGGAUAAUUUGCAGUAAUCAGUAUUCGUAGAGAGAAAAUCUUCCAACAUGAAAGCAACACAACCUUCAAUUUGACAUGAGAGGUUGGUUAGAAAGGUGUAGAAUUUGCCACAGAUUUCACACAAUCUGUGGCAAAUAGUGAUUUUUCUUGAAAUGUCAUGUACUUAUCAUAGUCUUUGCUUUAAGUGCCACGGUCUUAGAGUAACUAUCUAAAGCCGUGUUGACUGCUGGACUGCUCUAAAAUAUUGAAAAAACCCUUCAGCUUUAAUGAUUGGUAAACCUAACGUUGGAAUCCUUAUUCUUGGAGAUAAUUAUUUGAUGGGACCUCGAAACUCAAAUUUCUUGAUCGGUCCAACAGGUUUCAUUUUACACUAUGGGACCCCACUAGAUGGCC